CAACACUAUUUAUAACUGAGCUGCAACUUACACCUUUGCAAGCGAAUUUUAAUUGUAGGGAACGGUUCCAAAAGUUUAUUUGUUCGUGUUUUAAAUACCACAAGGACGUGUGUACUUAAAUAUACUAAGUGUGUCAAAACUAAAAUGUUUUGGACAGUCAUUCCUGUAGUAUAAAUCGUUCUACAUAAACCUUCCUUCUACCCUCGUAGUGCUAGUUUGCUUCACGUCGACAGUGUACCGAAAUUUCACCAUGAAAGUCACUGUAACCACGCUCAACGAUGAGAUUUUCGUUCUCGACGUCUCCGAAGACUUGGAGCUGGAGAAUUUCAAGGCGUUCUGUGAAAUAGAGUCGGGUUUCCCGGCCAAAGACAUCACACUGAAUUUCAAUGGAACACCACUGUUGGACGACAAGAAAUCUUUAAAAGCACAUGGUGUCCACGACGGCGAUGUUAUCGUGCUCAUCCACAUGCUGCAAUCCGCCACAAACACCAACAUGAACGACUCAAGCCAAGCUUUGCCAAGCGGCUUAGCAACUUUAGACUUUAGUAACAUCCGAGUGCCACCGGAAGCAGCGAGUACCUCAAUGGCUGCAAGGAAUCCUCCGGUUGAAGAAGACCCUAGGAUCAUCAGGGAAAUGUUUCUUGCAAACCCUGAUCAGCUUGCUCUACUGAAACAAAAUAAUCCACGAUUAGCUGAUGCCCUGCUGAGUGGCAAUCUUGAUACAUUUGCUUCUGUGCUCAGAGAACAAAUAUCUGCUAGGACUGAGCGUCAGCAACAAAGAAUAAGGAUGAUGAAUUCAGAUCCUUUUGACACGGAGGCUCAAAGAAUGAUUGCAGAAGAAAUCAGACAAAAGAACAUAGAGGCAAACAUGGAAGCGGCAAUGGAGUACAAUCCAGAAACUUUUGGAACCGUUGUCAUGUUGUACAUUAACUGUCAUGUGAAUGGAUUUCCUGUAAAAGCAUUCAUUGACUCUGGUGCUCAAACUACUAUAAUGUCUGCGGCUUGUGCUGAGCGGUGUAACAUUAUGCGCCUGGUGGACACUAGAUGGGCAGGCAUAGCCAAAGGUGUGGGUGUACAAAGAAUUAUAGGCCGUAUCCACAUGGUUCAGAUGCGGAUCGAGAAGGAUUUUCUUACCACAUCCUUCUCUGUGCUGGAAGAGCAGCCCAUGGACAUGUUACUUGGACUUGAUAUGCUUAAGAGACAUCAGUGCAACAUUGACCUGAAGAGAAAUGUCCUUCGCAUUGGCACAACUGGUACAGAAACCCCUUUCCUGCCCGAAUCCGAACUGCCAGAGUGUGCCCGUCUGUCUGGCUACUCCGAGGAUGAGAUCGUCAACCAAUCCAUGAAGGAUCACGAGGAGCGCCAAGUCAAGGAGGCGAUGGAAAAGUCCAAACAAGCGGAACCAAACUCGUCCCAGUUUUCGAGACAAUCUUCAGCUGGCCAGUCCACAUCUUCACAGGCGAACCCUAGACUUGGUUUGGGCGACCCCAGCCAAACUAUACUCCCGACUGACAGAUUUGGCGAGAUUGAGGUAGAAGAAAUUGUGAAUCUUGGAUUCACCAGAGAACAGGCCAUCGUCGAGUUGCGUCGCUUCAACGGCGACAAGACGCAAGCCACAGUGGCUCUCUUCGCCAAGUCUCUCAAGUUCUGAUGACGAUGCCUGACCUGGGAAUCAGCACACCACUAUUCGGUUGAAGUAAUGCUUUGUUUUAACUAUUAUUAUUUAAGUACGCGCAUUCGUACUACAUCGACAUAAUUAUACACACUACUAUAUACAUAUCUUCUUUCUGUACAUUUCUGAUGUUUGAUUUCUGAUUACUUAGUCUACGUAGAUCGCUGACGCACGCAGAGGGUCUGCAAUGAGGGUUUUCGCGUAUGAAAAAUCCGCCAAAUGGCAAUACGUAGACGCGUGGUCCAAAUGCUGCAUGAUUGGUUAUUUUUGACAUGACAUUGACAGAUAUGUCAAAAUCCACCAAUCACGCAGCAGUCAGACCCCACAUCCACGUCCCGCCAUCUAGUGGAUCUUUCAUACGCGAAAACCCUCAUUCUUCAAACAAAAUUGAGGGACUAUUGUUGUCAAUCAACUGACUUACUUUUAGACCCUGACAAUAACGGAUUUAAAUCUCAUGUUAGAUAAUCAAUUUCAAAUUUUAAUAACUCUUUUUAGAGUUUGACAUCGUCAAGUCACCGGUUGCGUUCUACUUAUUUUAGAGAUCAGUGAUGAAUCAUAAAACUGAUUAUUUGAUUCAGGUCAUUAAAUAAUACCAACUUACCUUCUACGGUAUAUUAUGACAGCAAGCUAAGUUUUCUUAGUUUGUCUUCACCCCACGCUAAUCUGUCAAGCUGUUCAGAUUAGCACUUUUAUGAUACAUUAUUUUAAAUCAACUCUCGUUCCGUUUAUUACGUUAGUGACGCCGCGCUGCGACUGCGCUUCCAGAAAUUAUAAUUAUGUAAAGUAGUGCGGCGAGCGCGCCGCAGUGGCAUACUGCCGCCGCUAAUUUGAAGGCGCUUUUAGCGUUUUAAUAAAUUCCGAAUCAAUUCGUGUUCAUUAUUGAAUUGAAAGUCACGAAGAAAUGAUUAGCUAAGCCUAGGCGAAGACCACCGACUUUUAGUUGGCCGAUAGUUGGGUCGGGCUGUUAAUCAGUAUGGAGAUGUAUGAAAGUGCGCGCAUUACACCAAUUUGAUAUCAGCUGAUUCUUCAUACAAAUUAGAAUCGGGCCCAACAAUCGGCCGAUUAAAGUCGGUGGUCUGCGCCUAGGCUAAACGUUUUUUGUCAAUCACUAGUAUGUCAGUUGGUCAUGGUACUUUUGUACCUUGGAGUAUAGAUGAAAGAUAACUUCAUCAUUGUCACUUAACAAUGAACGAGUUACUUUGAUCGAAUAGUUUGUGAUAAAUGUAAGUUAAGUUUUGGGACCUACAGGUGUAGGACGACUACGCCGAGUUUUAUGCGGCAUUUAGUAAUAGGUAGUAAUCGUAAAUUUUCUAAAGACUAAUUGAUCGGUUAAUGAUAAUAGUGUAAAACCACACCGAAAAAAACACCGUCAAUUACAUUAUCAAAAAAUAUUGGACACUGUUAUUUUUAUUUGUUUGAAGUUAUGAUGCGUAGAAGUUCCCCGUUACGUCACAAAGUGCUACACUGUUAAGCACGCCUUGACGUCACGGGCUUCUUUAGACCUGGCGCGCUAUAUCUUUUUCAAUUUUCAUUAGUUUGAAAAGGUGAAAAAUACGUGUUGAGUAUUUUUUCUAUGUUAUACGACGGACUAAUUCAAACUUGCUUUUUUACCCAGGAAACAUCCCCUAUUACUGAAGGGCUUCUCCCCUUAACGUUGUCUCCGUAUAAACGUUAAUGUCGUUUGCCUUAGUCUCUUUUCGUUUAUAACGUCCAAAAAUGCAGUUAAUUUAGCUCAAAGGUUUCUUAUUUUAAUGAAGAUAUUAUUAAAAUCUUGUAAACAACUAUUGUGGCAGAUAUAAAUAUAUUAAAAAACGAAAACGGUGUUAGUGAGUAGUCUACUGGUUUUACACAUUAUUUACUAACUGUUGACAUUUACCCCCGUAUUCUAAGAUUUUGCUAACUUCAAGAGAGGAUGGGUCAAAGAUACAGUUACACAUUCUGGUAAUGACAUGAACUUUGAUAUUCCAUCCCACUGAGUUGAAAAAAAAAUCUUCGAAUACUGGCAUAGAUAGUACGAAGUCUGAAGCAAUCUAACACAUAUUUAAAUUGGUACGUGUACAGCAUACGAUGUAAUAAGCAAUAAUUAUUAAUUUUCAUGUCACUAGGACUGAUAAUAUUAUAAGAUAAAAAUACAUAAAAAAACACAACUUGUGAAGUAAAAAAAAAAACAAAAGAGUUUAGGCUGCUCUUCAGUCAAACUUAACCUGAUCAUAAUAGGGGUUAGACAUUAGAUAAAUUUAUCAUAUCAUUUGCUUCGCUAGAUUUAAAUAAAUUUCAAUCUACCUAACAUUAUUUAAUCGCAAUAAUAAUUAAGUAAUAAGAGUUGCAUUAAUUCGACAAAACGCGACAAUAAAUAUGUGAAAAUUACAUCGCUUGCUGUUUUCGUUCCAAUAUUCAAAUUAAUUUUAUAUUCUUCAUAAUGAAUUACCUAUAUUAUUAUAUUUUUAUACCAAAUAGUUCUAAAAGAGUGUGAAAUCGCAUGUCUAGCCUUUCGUACAUACAUAACCUAUGCUCUAUAUAAUAGUAACAAUAAUAAUAGUGUUUAGUUAUGAGUUGAACCCAUUUGGAGCUUCAUGAGGUCAUGAACAGUUCUUCCACCACACCCAUGUUUUCAUAUAAAAUAUUUUAGAGAAACAUAUUUAGUGUUCAUUGAGUGUCAAUAUUGAAAAACGUGGGAAACUUCAUAAUUUCAUCAGAAAAAAGUUAAAACCGAAGUUAUCUACGCAAGGUAAGGAUUUAAUGAUGUUGCUAUAAAAAGUAUUUAAAUAUUAUUUUCAUAAUAAUUAAUAUUAAAAAGGCAACAAGACCGAAGACGAAAACCGUCAUCAGCAGUCCCAAAACUGGCAGCAGAUGAAGUUAAAGUCAAAGUAAGAUGGCAAUGCAUGAAAACCGAAAAAUCGAAAAUACGAUAUGCAUUGAAAAGUACCACAUUUGAGCGCAUUGUCCUCCUUGCAUAAGGACAAUGUUUUUUAAAUACUUAAUAUUUUUUAAAUGGAUUGCUUAAUUCUCUUUACAUGCCUCCUGAAAUUUAUUUAACAAUAUUUUUCUCAUGUUAUAGUUGCACUUGGGUCUAAAUGGGUUAAUAAUUGUAUCGCUCAGUCUGAUAUAUUAUGAAUAAUCGUAUUUAUUAAUAACAUAGUGUACCGAAACUUACGAUACAUGUUCACAAUGUGGAUUGGUGUACAUCACACUGCCGGUAUUCUGACUUAUGAACGAACAUACUAUGUUUGUACAGGGAUGAUGACACCAUCGUAUUUGAUCUAAUACAUCUGUUUUACACAUAUAUAAAAUACUUGACUAUAAUAAUUAUUAAAUUAUCCUAUGCGUUACACAGUUGGAUACGUUACUACCGUUGAUCGGUAGUGUCAUCAUAUAUCUGUAAAACGAUGCUAAAUAUAAGUAUUUUAUAUCAAGUCUAUAAUAUUUUCUUUUAACUAUUUUUCUGUGUAAAAGCCUAGUCGGAAAAUAGACCAGUUUUAAAGAUUUUUUUUAAAUAUUAAUUUUAUUCAAAUUCAGAAAUAAUUUUUGCAUGGGCAAUGGAAUGUACGAUCAAAUUAUUAUUGUAUUUUUAACCAAAAGUUUUAAUAAUUAUUUUUGUAAAUAAUAAAUAGAAUACUUGUAGCUUUGGUUGUAUUCGAUUGACAACGUAAUAAAAAUCGUCUAUCAAAAUUAGUACAAAAAAGAGCAAUUUAAUAGUACGCUUUUUAAGUGUAAUAUAAUUCCUCAAAAUGCUAUGUUUGGGAAUAUACAGGUUGUUCCAAAAUUAGCUCGUCACACUGACACCAGAAAUGAUCUUAAGACGCAUCGAACAAGUCUAUUGAGUAAAUUUUUAAAAAUAACUAAUAUCGGUUUAUGUUUUUAAACUUAAACAACUUCCAAAUUGGACAUAUUAAGCUUGUUGUGUCGGCCCAGCUACCUCCAGUGUCAGUGUGACGUGCUAAUUUUGGGACCCUGUAUUAAUAUAUUUUACUACAUUAUCUUCCUUCGAUGAUACAUUCAGCCUUGUAUAAUAAUAGUAUCGAAUUAUAAAGAUUUUCAUUAUUUUGCAGCUUUUAUAUUAUGGAAAAUGAUCGGGGUUACAUGGAAAUUAUUUUAAUAAUAAAUAAGUAUAAUGCGUAGACUAAACUAGAAUUUAUGUUACAUGUUUUGUAUGUUUUCAACUCUGAAAAUAAAUAAAGGUUUUUAUAUAA